AAUAGAAAGAGCAAAAACAAAAAAAAAAACUGUAAAUAGUCAAAAGAAAAUAUUAAAACAUAUUACGGCGAAUUAAAAAUUGUAGAUACGAUUUUUUAUUUUUUCACAUUUAUUAAAGCGAAUUUUUAUACUCAUAAACAUACCAAAAGUCGUCAUGUGUAUGUAUGCACCAAUAGUUGGCAUUUUGUGAGAGAAAAUUAAAAUUUUAUUGUUGGUAUAUUUGCUUAUAUACACACUUCUAUUCUCAUUCAGUUAUAAUCUUUCUUUCAACUCAGUACUGUAGUAGUGUCAGGUUAUUUAAAACAGUUUUUUCGUUUGAGUUCAGUGUUGCCAACCUUAAACUCAAAAUUUGAAAAUUUCAAAAAAUGUCAUCGACCGAACGUAAAAAAAGAUCUCUAUACCAAUACUCCCAAGAAUCUCUAAUAAAUGCCCUCAAUGAAGUAAGAGCAGGCACAUCUACGAUAUUGCGAGCAAGUAAAAAAUAUGGUGUACCGCGUAGCACCAUACAGGAUAGAAUCCAUGGACGUAUUGCCGAUAAUGCUAAAAAAAUCGGUUCACAUACAGUUUUAACUGAUGAUGAAGAGCAUUGUGUUGUCAAAUGGUGCGAAGAACAGGCAAAUAAUGGAGUUGUAUUAAAAGCUAAAGACUUGCUUGAUACAGUUGAAGCAAUAGUUAAAAAACGUCAAAGAACAACACUCUUUAUAAAUGGACGUCCUGGAAGGAGAUGGUAUUGGAGAUUUGUAAAACGAUAUCCUCAUUUAAAAUUUCGAGAUAUUAAAGGUAUUUUAAAGCAAUCUGAUGCCACUAUAGAGCCUAAAAAGAAGAAACGAAAAGUCGAAGAGGUAACCAUUGAUACGCCCAACCAAGACCAUAACACUGUUAAUAAUACUUUAGCAGCAGGAGCCAAUGAAAGUUUUAACCGGCCUCAACAAAACUUUACAGUAUUACAAAUGCCCCAAACGCCACAAAACCAACAACAUGUACAAAUACAACAACAACAACAACAAAAACAACACCACCAACACCAAGAACAACAAGCCACCAGUCGAAUAUCUGAUUCCUGUCAACAAAUAGCACAAAUAUGGGGUCUUAAACUGGCAAAAAUGUCACGUAUGCAACGUAUUAUUGCUGAAAAGGUUGUAAAUGAGGUUAUGUUUAAUGGCGAAUUGGGUUUACUGAACGUAAAUACGGCUCUAACCAAUAUAGGCUCAAGACUAGAUACAGACCCUAUCGGUAGCAUAGAUGCUGAAAACGAAGAGGAGUUUAUAACAAUAGAAAAUAAGAAUAUUUUUGAUUUGUAGUUUUUAAGAAAAAGUCUGAUAUUAUCAAGAGAUUUUAUAAAUCUUAAAUUUAGUUUUAAGUUUUUUUUAAGUAUUAUUAAAUGAUAAUAAAAAACGGACAAUUAACCGAACACAAAUGAU